AUGAGUGACGCUUUGUGCGGCCCGUCAAAUGCCUUGCAAAACUUCCAGAAACAUGCAUCUGUUGAUCGGACUCUCCAACAGGAUCGGCUGAUCUCCCGCCGGUCGCCCUCUCAGGGCUUCAGAUCCCAGAAUUCGAGCGACGGUGUCCUAGACCCCGAGUUUGCUGCCUUUGAGUCCGAUCUGGCCGGACCGUCACUUCCCAAUCUACAACAUGCAGGACCUUUCUCAGCAAAUCCCCACCAGCUUCCGGUGGCUAGCCAUGCCGAGAAUGUGACCUGGGCGGCCGACUUCCAGAGACUACAUAUUUCAGGGCCUUCCCAUCCUAUUCAGCAGCAUCAUGGUCCAUCUGCAACCCCGGCUUCGGCGAUGUCACAACAAGGUUGGCACAGUGAAUUUCUGAAACAACAGCAGCAACGCCCAGCACGUACACAGCAACAUCAGCAGUAUACUGGAGGCUUCCAACCGUCUUUCUCACACCACCAUCCCAUACAUGGAGGGGUAAUGAACGCCUUGCCCUCUGUACAUGGGCCGGCAACCGACCAGCAACACGCCACAGAGACAUUUGAUGAAUCGGCUUUCGAAGCUGCAUUCGAACAAGCAAGAGCGGACAUGGCCUUACAGGAGACGAACACAACGGAGGAGAAGACCGAGCCUGCAAGCGAGACGAUCCAGCCCGAUUUAAGCACAGCUCAAGAGCCCACCGAGCAAAUCAAGAUCGGGUCAGAUACUAUACCACAAAUCGACAAGAACGACCCGUUAAGCCGGGUCAACGAUGCGGAUGAACUUGCUAGGACUGCAGGACAGUUACUUGACAGCGUCAGCCACGAUCAGAGCGAAAAGUUCAGACAGAGUAAUUUCCUGGCGCUGAUGCGUCGCAUCCGGGAUCGCGAAGUCCGGAUCGAGGAUGACGAGUUUCGUGAAACGGCGCAGUCACUACAUCCCGGCGGUAAAUAUUAUCCCGGUGGCCAGCAACAAACGCAGCGGCAACAGACAUCAAUUCCACCACAUCAGGAUGGGCCCGACAGCGUUACAUUCAGCGAUAUCAGUAAGUCCGACACAUUGGAGGGGCCCAGUAUACCGCGUACGGGAUGA